AUGAGUGCCCCAUCCUCGUCCCCUCCUCCCCCUCCCAACCAGGUCUUCAUCGGCACCUUCAUCCACUCCAAGACCCUCGAUGAGCUCGAGUACCUGCACAACACGGCCGUCUUCGUCGAGGGCGGCACGGGGACGAUCGUCGCCGUCGAGAGGGGGCGCGACAACCUCACCCGCGCGCUGGACGAGACCCUGGACCGGCUGGGGUGGAGCGCCGCCGAGUGUAGGAUACACGACACGUCGCCGCCGUCGCCGUCGCCUGCGUCUACCCCUGGUGAUGGCUCCUCAUUACCAACACCAACACCCGUCAGGUUCUUCUUCCCGGGCUUCAUAGACACGCACAUCCACGCCUCGCAGUACCCCAACGCAGGCAUCUUCGGCAAGUCGACCCUCCUCGACUGGCUCACCACCUACACCUUCCCCCUCGAGGCCUCCCUCGGCGCCGACCCGUCCAAGGCCCGCCGCGUCUUUGCCCGCUGCGUCGGCCGCACCCUCGCCCACGGGACCACCUGCGCCGCCUACUUCGCCGCCCUCGACCCGGCGGCCACGAACCUCCUCGCGGACCUCUGCCUGUCGCGGGGCCAGCGCGCCCUCGUCGGCCGCGUGUGCAUGGACGAGCCCGCCACGUGCCCGCCCUGGUACCGCGACGAGGACGCCGCGCAGGGGCUGGCGCGGACGCGCGAGUGCGUCGAGCACGUGCGCCGUGCCGACCCGCGGGGGGAGCUGGUCCGCCCCGCCGUCACGCCGCGGUUCGCGCCCAGCUGCACGGCGGCGAGCAUGGCCGCGCUGGGGAGGCUGGCGGCGGACGAGGACCUGGCGGUGCAGACGCACGUGAGCGAGAACGCCGGCGAGGUGGGCCUCGUCGCGGCGCUGUUCCCGGCCGAGACCGCCGCGGGAAAGGGGUACGCGGGGGUGUACGACGCGUUCGGGCUGCUCGGGCCAGGGACGGUCCUCGCGCACGCGGUCCACCUGUCCGAGGCGGAGGUCGCGCUCGUCGCGGCGCGGGGCGCCAAGGUCAGCCACUGCCCGUGCAGCAACAGCGCCAUCACGUCGGGCGCGGCGCGGGUGCGGUGGCUGCUGGGCCGCGGCGUGGACGUCGGGCUCGGGACGGACGUCAGCGGGGGGUACAGCCCGUCCGUGCUGGAGGCGGCGCGGCAGGCGCUGCUGGUGUCGCGGCACGUCGCCAUGGCCGGGGACGAGGCGGCCAAGCUGAGCGUCGAGGAGGUGCUGCACCUCGCCACCGUGGGCGGGGCGCGGUGCGUCGGGCUCGAGGGGGUUGUUGGGGGGUUCGAGGUCGGGAUGCAGUGGGAUGCGCAGCUUGUUGCGCUUGGUGUUGUGGGGGAGGACGGUGACGGUGGUGGGGACCUGGGCAACGUGGACGUGUUUGGGUGGGAGAGCUGGGAGGAGAUGGUGGCCAAGUGGUUGUUUAAUGGGGAUGAUCGGAAUACGAGCAAGGUCUGGGUCAAGGGGAGGCUGGUGCAUGAGCGGUAG